AUGUUUAGCAGUCGUUCAAGACAUACUCAUUAUCAGCAAACAAAUAGAUCUUAUUAUGGUAUUAUACUUCUUCUUGCGGAAUUAAGUCGUUCAUCACAUUUACCACCAAUAACACUUAUAAUUAUUAUUCUUAAUGUAUUAAUUUAUUUUGAUAUAUUUCCAUUAUUUGGUUUAUCAAAUAAUUUACAAUCUGUUUGUGUUAGUACACAUGCUGUACUUGAUCAAGGAGAUUAUAUGCGUAUUUUACUUGCACCAUUUUUUCAUGGUGAUGAUAUGCAUUUAUAUUAUAAUAUGGCAUCAUUUUUAUAUAAAGGACAACAACUUGAAACUCUAUUUGGUGGUCGAUAUUUUGCACUUCUUGUUACAAUAUUAACAAUAUCAUCAAGUUUAAUGCUUGUUAUACUUGGUCAAUUAGCAUCAAGUUUAUUUGAUAAUCCAGAAUAUUUAUUUACAUGUGCUAUUGGUUUUAGUGCAGUUAUAUUUGCAUUAAAAGUUAUAACAACACAUUAUACACCUGAUCAUAGUUCAUAUUCAUUGUUUAGUUUUAUUCCAAUAUCAACAAAAUAUAUUGUAUGGGUUGAACUUAUUGUUAUACAAUUGAUUACACCUAAUGUUUCGUUUCUUGGUCAUUUAGCAGGAAUUUUAGUUGGUCUUUUGUAUACAAAUGGUCCAUUACGAUAUAUUUGCAAUAACAUAUAUAAUGUUAUGUUUUAA